CUUGCAGUUAUUAAAAUAACCGGCAUGUUUUUCUUUCGUUUGUUGUCUGUGUAGGACGUGUGUGUGAAAAUAGCAAAUAUUUAAAAAUAUAUAUGGAUAUAAACGUUUUAUAAGUGUAAAUUAAAAGAAGUUAGAUAUGUUAGUAUAAACAGUAUUAAAGGUAGUGUUUCCAAAAACUUAAAAUAUGGAGGGCGAAUGCGUUUUUGCACCGGUUGUUACCGUCGAUGAAUGGCAAACGGUUCCCACUGAUAUUGCGAAAAAAAUCCAUUCUUUCGUGAACGAAAAGUUCGAGGAGUUUAUAACAUCUAAAGCCCUUCUGGAAACCAAUCGUUUUAACGCAGAGCAAACGGUAAAAGAGUUAACAGAACAACAUGAAAACACAAAACUGGAUAAUGAAAAGCUUAAAGGGCGACUUGAAGCUGCAGCCAAAAGCAUUGAAGAGUAUGAAAAUCAGAUUUCCAUCAUGACUUCAGAAGUUUCAAAGCUACAAGUCCAAUCCAAUAAGCUUGAGGCUGAAACGGCCGAGUUUCGCCAUCAACGCAACUUAGCAGUUGAUGAACGUGAUGAGCAUUUAAAAAUGAUCCAGCGAAGAAACACUGAAGUGGAGAGAAUGCAGUCUGAAAUUACCACCUUAACCCAACAACUUGAGGCAGCAGUCAAUGCCAAGUGUGAGGCUUUGGCUAAAUCACAGGAGGUUGACUCAAUGAAAAUAACCAUUGAAUACAAGGAAAAGAGAAUGGAACAGGAACGGUCAAUGAUGAAUGAGCAGAUUGAAAGUUUAACUGAGGAUUUAAAUCAAAGAACUGAGGAAUUAUUAAAUAUGAGACGAGAUAAUACUUCAAGAUGCAUUCAAUUGGAGACCAAGUUAACAGAAAAAACACAAGAAUUGAUUGUGGCUACUGAACAAAUUAAAUCUCUCACUGAUUUGAAUAAUAAUUUUGCCACUAGACAUGAAGAGUUAUCCCAAAAAUUAUUGAGUCAACGGGAAAUUGAAAGCAAAAUGAAUGAAUCCUAUACCUAUGAAAUUGAAGCUAAAACAAAGAUGGCCAACGCUUACAAGUCUAUGUACGAGGAAAGUCAACAACAUGCUGAAGAACUUAAAACUGCUCUGGCUGAGGUGCAAGAUUUAUUGAAGAAUGCUACAGAACAAUAUGGAGAACUGGAAACUAAACACAAAGAAUCUGAACUUGCCCAUGAAGAAAUUAUUGUAAAGAAGAAUGACUGUAUUGCUAUGUUGAAAAAGGAACUGGAAACUGCUAAUGAAUUACUUGAAAGUACCAAACAUGACCAAAUACACAGGGACAUGGAAGGUUCUUCUCCGGCUGCUGCAAGUGCAUCAAGAUACAUGAAAUCAGGCAUGACGAUGACCGAAAUUUACUCACAAUACGUCACGGUAUCCGAUAAACUAACCAAUAAGGACGAAGAAUGCGCGAGACUUAACAACUUAAUCGCCUGCAUCUACAAGGAGAUCGAGGAGAAAGGUCCGCUGAUCAAAAAACUCCGACAAGACUACUGCACAACUUUGGACGCGAACGACGAACUAAAACAGGCUAACGAUCAGUUGUUGAACGAUUUGCAGCAAUUGAGAGAAGCGAACGCCGAAUGCCGCAAGUUGGAGGGCAAAACUGCCAGAGAGAAUGCCAGACUCAAAAAGGAAGUCGCUGAUUUGAGCCGACAGGUUUGUCAUUUGCUGCAAGAGGUGGAGCAUUCCCGCAUUGGAUCGUCGUCAUUCUCCAACGAUAUGGAUUUGGGCGACAGCAUCAGUUCCGCUGAUAUAAUCUCGAAGAAAUUGGUCACGUUUAACGACAUAUCGGAAUUGCAAAGCCAAAACCAGAAGCUGUUGGCGUGCAUUCGCGAGCUAACCGAACGCCAAGAAGAAGCUGAAUCCAUAGAUCCCAUCGAUAUAUCAAAUUUGAAAACCAAGUUGGAUAACCUGCGCGAAUCUCAGAACGAGCUGCUCGAGGAACGCGACAGACAGAACAAGAUGAUGGUGACGUUGCGCAACCAACGCGAUAUGUACAAAAAUUUGUACUCUCAGGCUGUUAAGGCGUCGGGCGAAGACAUCCCCAUGCAACUGGAACGCACGUACGGGAUCCAAGAGAACGGCGAAAUCAGCAAAACGCAGACCGACUCCGAAUCUCAGUCCUCCGAAAAGGUGCAAGAAAUGGAAAAUAAGAUUGAUUCGUUGAAGAAGCAAGUCGAGCAUUUAAACAAAGAAAAUGAAACGUACAGAAACGAGAAGAACGCAAACGAAAAGAUGUUGUUGGAACAACUUGACAACAUGCGAGCUGAAGUAAAAGAAUUAACCAGGCUCAAUUGCAAACUUUCCUCUCAAACCGAAGUUAAUGAGGAAAAAUUCAAGAUUAUGCAGAACAAUACCGAAAUUUAUAAAAAGCAAAUAACAGCGCUCGAAAAACAAAACAAAAUAUAUAGUGAAGCUAUCAUCAAACAUGAGCAAGCGGCGACUUACCUGAAGGACGAAACUAUUCAGGCUCAAUCAAAACUUUCCCGAGCAGAAGUAAUGCUUGGAAAUCUUCAGAAAGAAAAUGCGUUGCUUCGCGAUGCCGAGUCGCGUUUGGUCAAGGACAAGGAAAUGGUUAAACGCCAAACGCACCAACAAAACCUUAUACAGUCCAACAUUGAACUUAUUAAAGCCACAUUGGAGAGAACCGAUGCCGAAGGAAAACUUCGUUUGGAAGCCAGGCUGGAUGAAGCGCACAGAGAAUGUGCCGCACUACGUAGAAGAUUGCAAGAAGAACAGGAUAGGUUCCGUCAAUUGUCCGAACAUUUGGAGAAACAAGCCCAAACCGCCGUAUCAAGAAUGGAGGAAGAAAAACAACAAGCGGACAAAUUGCGACAAGAGGUCAUCGAAACUAGAGAAGAGUUGAUCAAGAAAUCUAACCAAAUCGAGGAGCUCACUAUGAAAAUCAAACUUUCCGCGUUCUCUGCCCCUGAAACUUCAGAAGAAGGCAAAAAAAUACGCCUGCUGGAACAGCAAAACGCUGAUUACAUAAUUGAGAUUGAAUCGUUGAAAACCAAACUAAAAACCACCAAGGAAGCUGCCGAUCAGUACUUCAACGUUGCUGAUGCUGCAGAGCAACAGACCAAAGAUAUGUUGGCAACGCAUGAGCAACUCAAAGAAGAACUCGAAAAGCAAAAACAUUUGGUAAAAGAACUGCAAGAGAAAGUGGGCGAGUUGCAGGGCGAGUUGUCCAUUCAAAUGGACGACCAAGAUAUGGCUAACGCAGGAGUUAAAUCCAAAUCGCAUCAGUUAGAAGAAGAAUUAAGCACAAAAACAAUGGAUUUAAAAACCGCCAGAGAGCAAUUGGAACACGCCAGAGCUGAAAAUAAGAGUAUUAACGAACAAUUAAAGGCAGUGGAAAAUAAAUAUGCCAGAGAGGUCAUGCUUCAUUCUGCCGACUUGCAAUCGUUAACAGUGAUGAAGGAAGAGUUAAAUGCUGCGUUGGGCAAAGUCAAUGAACUAGCUUCUGGUAAAGACCAAGCCAUUGAAGCUCUAAAAGAAAGCAAAGAGAGCUGGCAGAAGCAAGAAGUUUUGUUCCAGAAGGAAAAAGAGGAAAUGGAUUCCAGAUUUAAAGAUAUCGAUUCGCAAAAUAAUUUACUUUUGGAUCAAAUUCAUGCUUUAAAUACUCAACUAACCAUUCUUCAAGCUCAAUCAAGUUCCGAAAACGCCAACGCUUCUAUGGGCGAUGCCUCGUUCAACAGAUCUUUCACCGAAGACGAAAUUAAAUCAUCAGAACAAUUGUUAAAGAUCAUUAAAUAUUUGCGUCAAGAAAAGGAUAUUGCCGUAAGCAAAGCCGAUAUCAUGGAGGCUGAACAUCAACGCCUUAAGACUCAGUUCGAUAUUGUCAACAAACAAUACGAGGAAAUGAAGCAUACUGUCGAGGGCGAAAGGCAGAAAUCGGAAAUUUCUGUCGUGUCAGCUUCUAAACACGCUGAAGUUUUGCGUAAACUCGAAACUCUUAACGCAAUUACGGACAGCAAUCGUUCACUAAGACAGGAACGCGACGAAUUGCUGGCUCAAGUUGGGGAGCUCAGAUCCAGAAAUAAAGACUUGGAAACAAAUUCCUCGCCAUUGGAAGACAAAUGCCGAGAAUUGACCACCAAAGCCGACCAGAUGCAAAACGAGAAUAUUGCUCUGAGAACCGAAGCGACUAGAUGGAGACAGCGUGCCAAUAUGCUUAUAGAGAAGACGAACAGAACCAGUCCGGAAGAUUGGAAGAAAUUGCAAUCGGAAAGAGAGAAUCUUGCCAAACAAUUAACCAUUGAACGUUCAACGACGACCAAACUCAACGACGAUAUCAACAACCUGCGUCAAGACAAGAGUAAAUUGGAGGACCAACUGAAGAGUCUGAGAGCUCAAAACAAUACCCAGUCUGAGGAAAUAUCCAAACUCAAGGAGGACUUAUCGUCAUUACAGACACAAAUGCAACAAGUCACAACUAACUUGGACCAAUGCCAACAAAACAACAAGAAAGUCAGCGACGAGGUUCGUGUCUUGACCGAAGAUACAGCCAGCAAAGAAGCGGUCAUAACCGACUUGAAAAACAAUCUGGCUCAAAUAAGAAAGAUUGCCAAGAAGUACAAGAUUCAGUACGAGGAACAGAUGAAGGAGAUGGAGCAAUUGAAACAAGAAAAAUCAGAGUUGGAAGGAGCCAUUUCGAACGGCGCCGAGAAGCAAGAACAGCUCAUACAGGAACAACGUUCCGACCACGAAGGUCGCUUGAGUCAACUAGAACAGCAACACAGAGAAGCGGUUGAACAACUCAAUCAGCAAAUACAGACUACCAAUGAGGAACUGGAGAAUGUCAAGAAGGAGAAUGAAAAUCUUAAGCAGCUUGGCGUUGAGAAGGAAGAAAGAUUCAAAACUUUGUUUAAGAAUGCUAAAGAUCGUAUAGUGCAUUUGACUGAACAAAAUAAUACUCUUAAAGACGAAAUUAAUAGGGAUAAGCCUGAAAGUGAUAAUGCUGGCGAGGGGUCUAGUAGAAAUAGCGAGUUAAUUGAAAAAGUAAACAAACUACAGAAAGAAAAGGAUGAUAUGGCUGAAGAACAACAGCAAGAAAAGGAAAAAUUGCUGACCGAUAUCGAAUCGCUAACCCAGCGGGUCAACCAACUGCAGCGCCAAUUAGGAUCUCAACAAGGUUCCAAACCCAGCACAAGCUCCAGCUCGUCGGAUAAAUCGACCACCGAACCUCCGACCGCGAACAUCAAGCCCAUGGCAGUCGAUCUUUCAGGCCACUCGACCAACACCCAGACGCAGUCGGUGCCAAUACAGCCGUGGAGAAGCGGCGGCGAACCUCCGUUGGCCAGCAUCAGGCCCAUGUCGGCCCAACUACGCACCGUCGCAGUGUUGCCGACCAGCCAGAGUCCUAGCGCUGUUAUGGUGCCACCACAACAACAGGUUCAUACCACAGGCUCCAACACUAUCGAAGCCUUGUCCAGCAGCCCGACCAGUUCGCACACCGAUUACGUGCCGGCUACAAGUUCGGCCAGCGCGGCUGUACACAGCGGUCCACGCCAAGUGGCCGUGCCUCCCACUCAAUCCUCUCAAGAUGCUGAAGACGACGAAAACGUUCAGAUGCAGAACGCGCCCCAGCAACAGGCUGUUGCUUUGGUGUUGCCAAGGGUGGAGCCGCCCAGCAGCGGUCCCACGCAAGAACAAGGCACAAGCAGCAGCAGCAGUUCCAACACCGUGACCACAACUCAGGCCGGUUUGAAACGGCAGCGGGACGCGGACACCGACAGCAGCUGUCAGUCGGACGACCAGUCGAAAGGGCAGCAGAGCAAGAGGACGAGGGUCCAGCAGGCCGGCACGGUCAGCGAUAGCGGCCUAGAGGUCGAAUACCAAGUUCCUACGAGCAGUCAAAGGGAUCACGACGACGACAACGUGAUCGUGGUCGAGAGCGACGAGGAGGGUGCGGCCGAUGAGGGCGAAGGCGCCGACGACGAUCAGGACGAUCCCGAUACCGAGGGUUACGACAUGGAGGGGAUGGAACAAGACAACUAUGAAGAAGCCGAUUGCCAAGACGUCGAGGAGGACGAGGAAGAAGCCGGGAAUGAAGUGGAAGUGAUUGAAGAUUCCAGCGAAGUGCCAAACCAAAGUGAAAGACAGGAAAUUAAUGAAGAAGAAAUUGGAGAACAAGCGCAAUCUGAAGCUAUUAGCAGUGGCACUGAUGGCUCGGGGGGUCCAAUGUCGGUAACUUUGUCGCAAGCGUCGACCUCGAUGUCGAUGUCUCAGGCAUCGUUCUCUCGCACCCGACACGUGACGCCGCUGCCGUCGCGCAGCAGCCAACAGCAGCAGCAGCAGCAGUCGCAGCUGCUGCUCUCGCACGGCCUGGACGACAUCGGCGACGACGGCAUCGUGCCGUCCACACCCACGCUGUUCGUGCCUCGGAGAUCGGACGGGUUCGGCGAGGCGGUCAGCUCGCCGCAAGUGCCGACCAGCGGCCGCUUCACGUUCGGCGACACGUCGUCGGCCAACGUGCCCGGCUCGAGCGAGGCGGUGCCCGAGCAGACGCUGGAGGUCGGCCACCUGGACGACGACAGCACGGGACGUUCGGUGCCCACCACGCCGCUGCAGUCUUCGCCGCAGGAGGCCGUACCCGGAGCCGACGAUGCCGGAUCUCAUCAAUCUACACACUCAGAUGCCGAACUACCCUCUAUAACAGUUAGUGGGGUAGACGAUACUGAGCACACAGGUGAGGGUAGCUCAGGGGACUGUAUGGGGCCCCCAAGCGUUGCUGGAACGUCUUCUGAGGGCAACCAGCAAUCAGAACAGUCUGAAGAAAUGCUCGAAGGAGACGAUGGGGUGAGUUCGGAGGGCGAAAAACCUCCCGCGACCGAAGAGGGGGAGGAGGAGGGCAGAGAAGCCGAGGCAUCCCCAAGCACGCAAUCUCGAAGGUUUCAGAGGGGUGCGAACUCGGCCCGCAGGAACACUCCACGGCAAUCUCCGGGCAGGGGAGGCAUGCACAGGUCUGGACCCACGCCGAUCAUAUGGGCCGAUCAAAGAAGCCCUCAUUUCAGACAAGAUGUUCAAAGGGGAAGACCAAACCAAUCUCCUAAUUUCAAUAGGGCCGUAGCUCGACGUGCUAGAGGACGAAUGCAAAGACCAUACGGCCGUUUUUAAUCGCAUUAAUAUCAUUUUCAUUCCAAAUAGGUAUAUUCAGUUUAAAUUAAACCCUUUUUGUACCAUAAGUGUUAAAUAAUGUUUAGGAUUCAUGUAAAUUUUUGUUUGAUUACUAAAGUUAUUGCUAAAUUUCAUUACGUACAGUAGAUAUAGUGUUCUUAAUAAUAAAUGGUUAAAUCCA